AUGAAUUUCCUUUACGAUAUUGCGAAUGUUGAAAUUGGUCAACAUUUUUAUUGGACCCUUGGUGGUUUCCAAAUGCACGGGCAAGUGCUCAUUAACUCAUGGAUUGUUCUUGGAAUUAUUGUUGCUAUUGCAGUAACAACAACUCGAGACUUAAAGCCAGUACCAGAAGGUGGGCAAAACUUUGCUGAGUUUAUUGUUGAGUACAUUCGUGGAAUUGCGAAAACACAGAUUGGACAUGAUUAUUUAGAAUGGACUCCAUACAUUGGAACAUUAUUCUUAUUUAUUUUUGUAUCAAACUGGUCUGGAGCACUUAUUCCAUGGAAACUUAUCGAGCUUCCGCAUGGAGAACUUGGUGCACCAACAAAUGAUAUUAACACAACGGUAGCUCUUGCGCUUCUUACGUCAAUUACAUAUUUCUACGCUGGUCUUAAAAAGAAAGGUUUAGAGUAUUUUGGUAAGUAUGUAGAACCAACACCUAUCUUACUUCCAAUUAACGUUUUAGAAGACUUUACAAAGCCAUUAUCAUUAAGUUUCCGUCUUUUCGGAAACAUUCUUGCUGAUGAACUUGUAGUAGCUGUACUUGUAUCAUUAGUACCGCUUGUAAUCCCGAUUCCUCUUAUUUUCCUUGGACUCUUUACAAGUGGAAUUCAAGCCCUUAUUUUUGCAACGCUUGCGGGUGCAUAUAUUGGGGAAGCACUUGAAGGUCACUAA